AUGGCCUCAACUUCAGUACGUGUCGCUUUAAGAGUCAGACCACUCAAUAGCAAAGAGACUUUACAAAAUUGCAGCGAAUGUUUAACGAUAAUACCAGACGCACCACAAAUUCUCAUUGGAACCGACCGUUCUUUCACAUUCGAUUAUGUAUUCCCAUCAGAUACAGAGCAAGAAGACGUCUUCCAAGACUGUGCACGCCCAUUACUUGAUAAAUUAGUCGAAGGUCAAACCGGUAGUGGAAAAACAUAUAGCAUGGGUACCGCUUUAGACGGGUCAGACAUACCUCCCGAACAUCAAGGGAUCGUCCCACGUGCCAUAUAUAGAUUAUUUGAUGAUCUAAACGAACGAAAAGCAAAUAACCCUUCUUAUGAAUUCGAAGUUCUCGUAUCUUUCCUAGAAUUAUAUAAUGAAGACUUAAUAGAUUUAUUAAACCCACAAAACAGAGAAAAUCAUAAAAAAGGAAAGAGCGAUUUGAUGAUAAGAGAAGACGCAAAUGGUCAAAUAUAUUGGGCCGGUGUGAAAGAGGUCUCAGUUUCAUCCCCGGAAGAACUCUUAGGUCAAUUACAAAAAGGUUCGUUAUGUCGAACCGUCGCUUCAACAGACAUGAACAUGGUGUCUUCACGAUCACACGCCAUCUUUUCCGUAAUACUGAAACAAACAAAGAUUGAAAACCUAGAGGAAAACAAAGAAAAUGAUGCUCCUCCCGCUGAAACUUCAUCCGCUUCAAAAAGAAAGAGCAAACAAAAAUCAUUAACAUCCAAAGUCAUUUCCAAAUUCCACUUUGUAGAUUUGGCUGGUUCAGAAAGGUUAAAGAGAACCAAUGCAAUAGGCGACAGAGCAAAGGAAGGAAUAGCGAUUAAUGGGGGUCUAUUGGCCCUUGGUAAUGUAAUCAGUGCGCUUGGUGAUGAAUCACGAAAGGUGACACAUAUCCCAUACAGAGAUUCAAAGUUAACGCGUUUAUUACAAGAUUCGCUCGGUGGUAACAGUCAAACGCUGAUGUUGGCUUGUGUGUCACCCGCAGACUCAAAUUUCAUGGAAACCUUAAACACACUUAAAUAUGCCAAUCGCGCUCGUAAUAUUAAAAAUAAGGUCAGCGUUAAUGAGAGUUUUGGUGGCAACUCUGUAGAAAUUAAUCAGCUCCGUGGGCAAAUCAGUCGAUUAAAGAUGGAAAUCCAAACUUUGAUCUCUGGUGGUUGUAAUGAAGAAACCGCUCACAAAUAUGAAGUAGAGAUUAACAAUCUUAAAGGAGAAUUGGGAAUGGCCAAAAUGAAACUUCAAUCUACCGAACAAGAACUCCUCAUGGUCAAAACCGAAAGGAACACGCUUUUAAUGGAUAAAAGUUUUAAUGGUCAAGACCUUUCGGACGCCGAUCGUGAACACAAGAUGAAAACCCAUCAUAUCGUUCAAUCUUAUGAAACUGAGAUUCUCGACCUUAAAAAUCAGAUCGCAGAUCUUCAAGCUGCUCAAUCGACUACUCACAAUCCACGUAAAUCUUCUUUGGCAAAAAGCUCUGGAAGGGAUAAGAGUCAUCAAAAGAAGGGUAAAAAGAAAAAGAGACGUUCAUCAUCAAGGAAAAGCAAGCCAAGAGCUGAUAGUCAUUUCCCGGUUUCCGAUGGAACUUCAGCUGUCCCAAUUGAUGGUCCCUCAUCCUCCUUUCAACUUCAACCGAUUAAACCCUUAAACUUGGAAGAUGCCAAAAACUUAUUUUCUCAUUAUGAAGAUGACAUAUUGGAGGAAGAUGAAGAAAACGUUGAUGAAUAUGAUGAAACUGCAAGACCUGAUGGUGAAAAUUGGGAUGGUGAAGGUCAAUUCAAAUUCACCCGAAAAUUGAGAAGACGCAGCAAGACCAGAGAGAAGCUCGAAAAAGCCAAGGAACAAAUCAAGCAGGGUCUCUUGUUUAUCAAGAAUGGAGGCUCCUUACAUGACGAUCCUCUUUUGAGUCAACUAGUCAAGAUGCCUUCAUCUACCAAGAGCGAAAGUUACAUCGACCAAAUGAUGCCAAAUAACGCCAAGGAGAAGAGACGGUCAAGCAGUGUAUCUUUCAGUGAAAUUCAAACAAUUGAAGUUCCUGCAUGGCAAGAAAACACAACACCACCAACAGCUACCGCUACUCGCCGCACCUCAAACUCUAGCCGUUCUGUUAGUUUCUCCGAUCAACCGAUUUCUCCUGGUUCGACCAAAUCUUCACAGAACAGCACUGGUUGUUCAUCUCAACAACAAAAUGCCAUCGCACUCACACGUAUGUUGCAUCAAAUUCAAGCUGAUAUUGCCGUCAAGGAACAACUCGUCACACAAUUGGAACGUGCUGAACAAGAAUUUACUUACAUGAGAGCCCAAUACGAACAAAGGUUGGCAAACAUGCAAGAAAAUUUGAUCAACUUGCAGCGUGAAAGAGAUGUUGCUGUCAAGCGUGCUCAAAAUGCUGGCUCUGGUGUUAGCACUCGUGACAAGGGUUCAAUCCUUGCCGAACUUAAAGCUCGUUACGAACACAAGAUGAAACGUCUCAUUCAAGAAAUCGGUGAACUUCGUCGUAAAUACAAUGAAGCUACCCAAUCCAACAAUACCUCGAAAAAUCAAAACGAAACAAUGCUUAAGAGUAUGCGCGCUCAAAUCGAACAACUUAAAGCUGAAAAGAUGCGUAUGAUGAAACGCAUGAAGGAUGAAGCCGAACGUGUUCGUGAAAUGACUGAACGUAAUCAACGUGAAAUCCAAACCCUUCGUCGUAAAGAAAAGGCUGCCCAAGAACAAAAGAAACGUCUUGAAAGAACCAGUGAAAUGCAAAAGAUAAUGCUCGAAAAGAGACAAAAAGAAAUGUUGCAAACGGCUGGAAAACUCAAAUCAGUCACGACAUUGCUCAAACGAACGUCAACUCCCAAAGCAAUCUCCAAAGUUUUCCGUAAUCAUAGACGAAACCAAGUGGCAGCUGAAAAUGAUGAUGGCAAAGAGUCAAGACGAACCUCUGACGACAUUAAUGCUAUCCACGAUGAAGUAUUCGGUAGUGGUUACGAUAAGAAGAGACUUCUUGACGAGGCCAUAUUCAAAUACAUUAGUGGUCGUCAAACAUUAGCAAUGAUGGAUGAGUUGAUCGUUAAGCGCGAAAAAUUACAAGAGGAAAAGAAAGAACUUCUUGAAGAGCGUGAAAGAAUCAUCAUUAGCGAAUGUGGAAAUGAACUUGAUGGUGAUGCACAAGCUUUGGAUGACAAGAUUGAAAUGAUCGAUUCAGAGAUGACUUACAUUAAUGCUAGGAUUCGAGGUUUACAAUCAGAAGCUGCUAGAGGUGUUGCCGCGGAACAAGAAGCAAAUGCAAAUCACAAAGCUGAUGGUGAAACCAGCAAAGAUGCUGCCGAAAAACCACGAAAGAAUAGCAAGAUCGGUAAAACAGAAAAGAAACUCUCCUUUUCCUUACCAGAAAAUGCCACACCAGAAACUUCAUAUGACACUGCCGUUAACAUUUUGCGAAGUUUGGAUUCAUACGAAACUCAAGCAGUAUUGGAAUCAUUCUUUAAAGACAUUGUUGACCUUCGAACUGGGGAUUGGUCACGUCAAAUGACACUCGCUCAACAAGAUAAACAAAUCAACGAUUUGAGAAAGACAUUAUUGGCCAUGCGAAGAGCUGCAGUGCUUACAACGGUUGAAUAUGAAAAGAAAAACAAAGGACUCGAAGAAGCUCUUCGACGUGGUGAAAGAGCACCAAGCCCAAUAACUUCCGAAAAGAAAGAAUUGCAAAUGGAUGAUAUCGAAAAUGACGCUUCAAACACCAUAUCCUUAUUUGAUCGUAUCUAUGAUCAAGCUUUGGCGCAAGUAGAAGCCGCGGUAUCACGCAGGAAUAGCCUUGUUGGAACUCCUGGAUCAAGACGCAACUCAUAUCUAUUUGAAAGUGAUGACGCAGCUUUCUUCUCUUCACCUGUAAAUGCUUCACCUUUAUCCGGGAGUCCAAUGAAUUCCGGCAAUAGGACAAGUUUUUCGAGACCACCAAUCCCCUCCGGAUGGUUAAAUCUUCAACCUCGUGAAAAGGGUGUAGUUGAAUCCAAUGAGGCUCCAAACGUCUCAUCUUCAGCCACAAAGAGAAAAGACUCUAGUGAAUCUAACGGCAGCAAUUCCGGUAGUAGCAAUAAUGUAAAGAGAAGAAGUUCAAAUGGGCGAAGAUUAAAAAGACCAACCAAUAGCUCUUCCCAUAGUUCUUCAAAUCCAUCAACACCAAAAGAUGAGAACGUUCCAUCAAAUGUUACAACCACAGUUUCAAUGGAUGUUGGUAGUAGCCAUGAGCACCCACGUGUGCCUUUACCCUUAGAAAGAACGAGAUCUGGGGGUCUAGCAUCAAAUUCACGACGGGGAUCACUUCAGUCCUCCAUCUUACAUAGUCGUCAAAAUAGUUCAACAAGCAUGGGCUUCUAUGCAGAAUCAGGAAACGAUGGACCACGAGAUAGUGGAUACUUUAGCAGCGCUGAUAAGCGAAGAUCGCACAGCAGUAUGGCGAGACGAGGUUCCAAAGAUAUUACAGCAGCAUAUCAUAUGCGUCAAAGUUCAAAUGGACACGACAGUGAUGCAGAAAGUGUGACUAGCAUGACCAGUGAACAACGAGCAUCAUUAGCACAUCAUACACAUACAAGGUCAGAAACACCGACAGGCGAUAACGUAUUUGAUCGUUUAUCAAAGAGUCAAACACAUUCAAGUUCAGCAAAAAAUUCACCAACAAAACCAACAAAGAAAGUUAAGGAGGAGUAUCAUGGCGAGAGGCGAGGUAGUGUACCAAAAGGCCAUUCCAAACAAGGCGGCGUAAAAGACGCUUUAGCGGCAUUAGAAGGAAGACGAAGCGCAUACGCUGAGACAGUAAAAACACAAGCAUAA